AUGGAUCCGACUAACAAGCCGAAGGGUCCUUCGCCUCAUUACUCGCUGUACCAGCGAGAGAUGUUCAAGCGUGGUGGAGAAACUGGAAUAUUGCCCAGUUUCUCUGUCCACGCUGAGGAACUCGUAGAGUCCGCAAAGAAGAAGCUGAAUGACCGCGGGUACUUCUACGCGAACUCGAACGCGGGGCUUGGAUGGACAGACCGAGCCAACCGGGAGGCGUUCUACCGAUGGCGCAUCAUUCCCCGCAUGCUUGUGGACACAAACACCCGGGACCUUACAACGGAGCUGUUUGGCCAUCGCAUUCCUGCGCCUAUUCUCUUUGCCCCCAUUGGGAUAAAUAAGUUGUACUCUUCAAACGGUGAACUCGUCCCCGCCAAGAUAGCGGGCGAGCUUGGUCUACCGUACUGCCUGUCAACUGCAGCCUCGCAGUCAAUCGAAGACGUCGCAGCUGCCAACGACGAGGGUGCGUCUAUCAAGAACGAGAGCAACAGCGUGCACUCGUACAACGGUCCGAAUGGAGGUAACGCGAAAUCUCCGAGGUUCUUCCAGCUGUACAUGGGUCAUGACGACGAAGUGACCGUAAGCUUGCUCGAGCGCGCGUGGAAGAGCGGAUUCGAUGUGUGCAUGUUGACCGUCGAUACCUGGCAGCUCGGGUGGCGCCCGACGGAUAUUAACCUCGCAAACUACGUCUUCUACUACCCUCCUGGUAAGGUCGGCAACGAGCUAGGUGCCUCCGACCCGGUCUUCAUGAAGAAGUACGGCAAGGAUCUUGAGACGGACAGCGGUAAAUGGAUCGACUCGUCCGUGUGGCACGGGAAGGCGCAUACCUGGAAGAAGAUGCCUUGGCUCAUUAAGACUUGGAAGAAAAUCUCAGGUGGCCGGCCCUUCCUCAUCAAAGGCAUCCAGAGUGCCGAGGAUGCACUUAAGGCACUCGAGGUCGGGUGCGAGGGUAUCGUCGUCACCAACCACGCCGGGCGCCAAGUCGACGGGGCCGUCGGCAGCCUGGAGAUGCUGCCCGAGAUCGUCGAGGCAGUCGGAGGCAAGAUGAAGAUCAUCUUUGACUCCGGUAUUCGUACCGGCUCGGACGUGUUCAAAGCCAUCGCGCUCGGCGCUGAUGCCGUCCAGGUGGGGCGGCUGUACGUCUGGGGCAUGGCACACGAGGGAGAGGCGGGGUGCAGGCACGUCAUGAAGUCCCUGCUUGCUGAUUUGGAUAUCACGAUGACAGUGGCGGGGUACCAGAGCAUUACUAAGGACGUGUACAGAAACCCGAAGGCGCUUAAGUGGAAUCCGUACGGGGUGUAUCCGAAGGGCGAGCAUGCGAAGUUGUGAGUCGUGAGCUGUUUCAUAGAGUGCCAAGUGUUUCUGUUGCAAGACCUCUGCGUAGUAAUUUUUAUAGAUGUACAGUGUUAUGAUUAGUGUAGUCGUAUGCUUUUUUGCGAGCCAAGCAAGGGGUGGACACCGGGAGAAGCCGAGACCGCAUGAAGGGGGGAG